UGUCUCAGCUGAUUCAAAGAGAUUCACCCCCUCGAUGACACACCCUAAUGCUUAGUAAUUUGUGUACAAAUGCGUCUGCUGUGCCGACGUAUGUUCCAUAAAUUACGUAAAAGAUCAAUCAUACAAUUUCUGUAAGUUGACCUCACAUGGCUGCCGAUGACCAAGCGUGACCUUAUAUAACUUGAAUGACCCUGAUGGGCAGGCGAUCAAACCAAUCGAUGAAUUUCAUGACAGCAAUCCAAAACGAGAAGAGUAGCUGCGAGUCGCUGUGUGUGAAGGCAAAAGUCGCCGUGCCGGCCUUCAACAACGACGACAUCAUUCGCUGCCUUGACUUAUUACUGGAUGUUCUUCACUCCGAAAGAUGUGAGACUGGUCACUCGUUAGUUGCCAGCAAUCUGAGGGACCCAUGUGGGACGAUCUGGGAGCGAUUCCAGGAAUUCAGAAAUGGAUACCCCUCCCCAGAUGGUCUCAUGAUAAGAAGAACAUGCACUUAUCCACUUCCGUAGCUUUAACAUCGUCCUGAAACUUCCACCAUACGCUCUGCAAUUAAUGACUUUUUAAAUGUCAAUAUACGCAGCUCAUUGAUGAUUGCGUUCUGUUCGUCUGAGUUGGAAACCGGGUCCAAUGUUCAUGUUUCGUUUAAGCCUUCAAAACACCGCUGUUCAUUGUGUCAACGCCACAUGCAGCCUAUCGUCGCUGCAUCCUGACGUGCAAAGAUGUAAAGUGUGUAGUACCGCAGGCCCCAGCGCCGUCUGAGGGCGGCGAUACUGACGUCAGCCGUCCUUAAAAAGACAUUCUCGCCUUUGCGAACGUCAUCACGACCUUCGUGUACCGAUAUCGCGACAAGCGCGGUAUACAGGGAGUGGUGGCGCCGCGGGGCCAGGGUUCCAACUUUCCCGUUUGAAACCGGCCGUCCAGUAGCACGCUCAGCAGCGGCGGAGGCACCGCGGACAGUGCGCAGUCCGCCGAGGUGAACAGUGCGUGGCCAGUUGGCCAGGCAGCUGUGGUCAGAGCGGGUGCCGGAACGGUCGAGACGUUUGUUGUUGGGAGCCGGUGCCUGGUCACGGACCCCGGGUACCGUGUGGACUGGACCAGGUGUACCGCAGGACUGGACCGGGUAUACCGACGUGGAGAGGAAGACCCUGAGACAACGAGCGGUCGGUGUUGCGUGCCAAGGCCCUGCGAGAAUCCGUACCUGACAUUGGAGGUUUGCUUCCCAACUGUCAUCGUUGUCCCGGAACUGACUAACGGGUUCUGAGAAGUUCGCUGAGAUACUUAAGAGGAAGCAUCGUGAGCUCGCCGUCGUUCUCAGCACAAUUGGGACAAGAUAGCAAUCGAGUUGCAUAACUGGGGACAGCGUGAAUUUCACCACUCCCUUUUCGGAAAAAAACAACUGUUGUUCGGUCAAGCAAGAUUUGACUGAUCAUGCCGUCUAGGUUCGACAUGCGUGUUUUGACCAAUAGGCCAUCGCCGUUUGCCUUCGACCGGCUCCAGAACAACGGCCAGGAACCGAGCCCACCGACCAUGAGGACCCCUGAUAUCUGCAUCAAUGGCUCACUGUUGCCGGUUGACCUUGCCGUAAGCGGCGCAGGGGAGAAGGCCUCAAAGGCAGACAAGCCAGACCCUGCUGCCAUCGCCACUGAACGGAAGACGCCCCUGUCAUCGGAGGUCACGCCGGUUGUUCCCAUAGCCAGCUCAAGUCCGAUUGGCCAGCCUGACCCCACGCCGUCACGUGAGUCGCCGUUGCAACCGCCGCAAGCGGCCGCCUUUGGAGAGCCCAAGUCCUCAGCAGCGAGCCCCACCGAGUCGACGGAUGACGGCGACGUCGUGCCGGAGUCGCACCUCUCCAUGAAGCCGGCCGACCUCAAGCAGUCGGCCAUGCGCGCCGUGCAGAGGGCGCGCCUGCUCCGAGCCCAACUACAGCCGGACGACCCCGAACUCCAACCGACUGACACCGGGCUCAAACUGACCGGCACCGGUUUCAAGCCGGCCGACUCCGGGCUCAAGCCGGCCGAAUCCGGGCUCAAGCCGGCCGAAUCCAUCCUCAAAGCGUCGGACUCCGAGUCCCAAACAUCCGGCUCUAAAAACUACAAGCCGGCCGACUCCGGCCCCCAGCAUGGCGACUCAGGCCCCCAGGAUGCCGACUUGGGACUACAGGCCUCUUUUCCAGACGUGGAGUCAGAAUAUGACGGCAACAUCACACCGCAGGAGGGUCUCUCCCUACUGGACGUCCCCACCCCUACCCGCCAACGUUCCGUCAGCUUCGGCCUCGACGACGAGUCGAUGGUGAUGGGCGACAGCGCAUCGAUGGUAUCCCGCGUGUCAUCAGUCUCCGAACAGACGGACACCGGGUCACGCUGGAUCACCUAUCCCGUCACCAAUAGCGACUCGCUAGUGGUGAUCGUCAGCGCCCUCUACUGUAAGCUGCUGGUGGUGAUCGGCCUGGCCUUUCCGCUCUCCGAGGUGAUCUCGUCCAACAUACCGCCGUUCUAUUACGAGGUUUUCUACAUAUACCUGUAUGGCGCCAGCAUUCUGUUUCUGCUCUACGUCUACAUAUUCUUGCUGAAAGAUGCCACCGUGACGGACGCUGGGUCUACGUCCAAGCUGUCCAAAAUGUCCAGCGCCAGCAUCAACCGAAUAGGGCGCCUGCUGCGCAUGGAAUCUCGCGUCUCCACGGAGGCCCGCCGCGACCCGGAGACCGCCAGCCAGGUCAGCAAGACGUCCCACCACAAGCCGUACAUGGUGCUGGUGGCCAGCUACGGCAGCUUCUACCUGAGGAUGGGCGCCGUCUUGUUCGGCAUCGGCAGCAUGAUCUACUCGGGCUUAGAAAUGGGCCAGUACUUCGAAGCGACCCACAAGGCCGAGUGCGGCAACGUGCUACGUGCCGUCACCCCAGGACUGCGUCUCGCCUUCAUCUUCAUACAGAUGUACUUCGUCUUCCUAAACGCCAGCAUGUCAAUUAACAAGCACAAGCUGCUGGCGCGGUUCGGCCUGAUGCACAUGGUGGGCACCAAUCUCUGCGUGUGGCUGAACGUGGUGAUCCAGGAGACCAAGCACGAGCUGGUGCACCUGCUGAGCCUGUACGACCCGAACCACCACGGCGGGGAGCGGCACCGGCGUGGCACCGACGAAGUAACCGCAGAGGUGGCGGCGGUGGACCCUCUGGACGGCUUCUCGGAGGAGUUCGCCACUGACCUGCAGGAGUUCCAUGCGCAGCAGGAGGAGUCCGGCGUGCUUACUCAGUGCGCCCGCUCCGACAUCAUGGGCCAGCUGGUGGACUCAGCUUCACCCUUCCUCUUCCCCUGCACCAUCGAGUACUCGCUCAUCUGCGCCGCCACCCUGUACGUCAUGUGGAAGAACCUCAACAAGCUCAACACGGUGUAUGUGAUCCGCGACGUGGGCUACACCGCAGGCAGCGAGAAGAACAAGAAGCACCAGUACUCUGUCGACUGCGCUAGGGCCUCCAAGGGCCUGUUCCUAGGCAUACUGGUGCUGGUGGCCUCCAUCAUCUCGCUCAUCCUGUUCUUCGUGCUGAUCAACAAGAGCGGCACGCGUGAUGUUGCCAUCCUGAGCGCGAGCAUGACGGAGCUGGUGCUAUACUGCGUCACCGUCGUGGCCAUCAUCAUCGGCAUGAUGCAGAUCCAGCGUCUCAGAUACCGCUCGGAGAGCAGCAUAGAGCUGGAUAACAUCCUGCUGGUGGUGGCGCAGACAGGCGUCUAUCUGUACGCCUCCUUCGAUAUCAUCGGCUCCCAUUUCUCCAACGACCUCUACUCCCUGGGGACCAGCGUCAUGGCCAUCGUGCAGGUAACGCUGCAGACAAUGUUCAUUCUGGACGCCUCGUGCCGCCAAGCCUACAGGACCAAUCAGCUGCGAGACAAGCCGGGCCGGGAGGUGGUCACCUUCCUGCUCAUCUGCAACCUGGCCAUGUGGAGCAUCACCACCUUCGAGACGUCCCGCUCGGACGCGCACCCCAACCAACUGCACUUCUUCGGCUUCUGGGCGUGGACCAUCAUCAGCCACGUGUCCAUGCCGCUGGCCAUCUUCUACCGCUUCCACAGCACGGUCUGCCUCUGCGAGAUCUGGAAGCGCGCCUACAAAUACAAGCGGGACACGGUAUGACCGCUGUCGGCCAGGAGGUGCCGGCGGCGCAUCGAGCAGACUCCGGUGGAGGGGCGUGUGACGUCACGGGGUGUCGGCAAACCGGCCGUCACAGCCGUGCGUCGAGCGGCGAACUUUCGCAUUUGACGUCAUACAUGGUCGAUGGGCGUGUCUGUGUAGCGGCAGCUCCCCGGGUGUGUCGAGUGACGUCAUACAUGGCCGAUGGGCGUGCCCGUAUGGCGGCAGCUCCCGGGAUGUAUCGAGUGACGUCAUACAUAGGUCAUAUGUCGAGUCGUGUGAGCCGUAUGGGAAUACCUUCGGCAGCUUACUUUAUCUUGGGUGGUCUUUCUGAAUACUAUGCCUUCAGUGCAUGAUCAAGCUUUUGAAUACUUUAAUGCUGGUCACCUUUACAAGCGUGUCCACGAAUAGUUCACGACAUGAUUUCGUUGGUGGAUGGCAGUAGCCGUGUCGUUCACGUGACCACUUAUAAUUUCAGGUUGACGAUAUGUGUAACCUGGCGUCACGGCAAACAUUUCGAAGAACAAUCACGUGCCUCUUGGCUGAUUGACAUGACAUACCACAUCUGUGUAGGCUUGUGGCGGUGAUAUAGGUGAAACCCUCAGCCCCUAUAACAGCAGGAACGAUACGACGACCUUUCCAUCUCAACCGCACAGAUAUAACAUACAGUAUCGAUAUUUGAUCUUUCGUUUUAUGCAGUGUGAAGGACUAUUUCUCCGGCAUUAUUUCUCAUCCGAAUAGGAAAGUUACUUUUUUUGGGGUGACACAUAGGAAGCGGUAAGUGUACCUGACAUCAAAAUCAGGGGUAUAGUCAACGGUGGACGAGCAUUGUUGGCACGCGCUCUCCUCCCCUUAAAGUAUUUCACUUGCGUUAAUAGCAUACACUUGGACAAGAACAGACACCUUAAAAUGUUGAAAACCAUAUAAAUUGUUUUUUCAGUGAAAAAUUGGGAGCUGUUUCUCCUCGCCCCCAGCCAUUGCAACGUCCUGCAUACGCCCCUGAUCGAGCUGGUCCUUAUCUGCCGCCACGGCAUCCUGAUGAAGUCAUAUCAGUGAGAUAUCCAUAUUUCUGAGAAGUGAAGGACCUUUGUCGUCAGCAUUAUAAUGAGAAUAAUGAUACACAAAAUUAAUCAAAGUUUCCAUGCAACCAUAAUAAAGACCGAAGAAGCACCGGUGUGUCCACUGAGGAAGCCGCCGUUGAUAUUAAGACCCUGUCCAGUAAUUUGUACCCUCUUAUGAGCAUAGCGCUAACGUAUCUAGCUUCAUCCCCACAUCUUAUGGGAUGUCCGUGAAGCCAUGGCAGCCAUGUGACCACAUUUGACACCAUCUCACACAUGGCGGCCACACAUGGUGCCAGGACAUGCGGAUUGCAGUUGGUGACGUGGCGUGCGGGC